AUGUAAUAAAUUACAAAUUAGAAGUUUGAGUCCUUAAGAGAACAAUUAGCCACAUCCUAUAAAUAAUCUCAGAUAUUUUCUACAUUCAAGCAUCAGAACUAACUUUAUUAAUCUUCAAUAAUUAGGAGUGAGGACAGUUGUUUAGAAUAUAGUAACUUUGAAUAAGAAUAAGAAUAAGGAACGAUACAUUCCUCUGUAAAAUCAAAGAAAAGAAAAUAAUAAGCUAGAGUGGUAUAGAUUUUAUUCAUUCUUUUAGAUGGAUUCAUAAUACAACUAAAAAGAAAUACUUUAAAGUGUUACUAAAAAUAUUAUACCAAAAAUCAUUAUGAUUCAGAGGAACUAUAGAAGAUAUUUAAAUAUGAGAUAAUUUCAAAAGAAACUUAGAUAACUUAGAAAUAGGAAAUAUGUUGUUGUUGAAUUUCAUUAGAUUGAAAAAAAUUAUAAUGAAGACUUAAAUAUUAUUGUUGGUAGAUUGAUGUCUGAUAUCAGGUAAUAUAUAAAUGCUAUUUAGUUAGACUUUAAAAGAUUUUGACUGAAGAUGAGUUACUAUCUUUAUUUUUGAAUGUUGAGUAAAUACAACAACUAAAUUACAAAUUCUAUAUUACCAUAUAAUGUAAUUACCAUUUCUAUUUAAGAAAUUUUACAAAAUUAUCAACAUUUUAUUAUUAUUUCAUAAUAAUUCAAGAUUUACAUUCCUUUUUUUAAAAUCUAUUAUGAUUACUGCAGCAGAUUUUAAUUAGAAAAUAUAAAUAAAUUACGUAAUAGUAAAGUAUUAUAUUUCCAUUAUUUUUAGGCAGAAUUCAACUCAUAUAUUCAGAAUAUAGAAAUAAGUGGAGUACUUAAAGGUUUAACAUUUGAAUCAUUUCUUGUUAAACCUGUAUAAUAAUUACCUAGAUAUGUGUUAAUGAUAGAAAAAUUAAUUAAAUACACUGAAUUGGGUCAUCCAGAUUAUCAUGGUCUUAAAUAAAUAUAAGAAUAAUUUUAUAAAAUAAAUGAAUAAAUCAAUUAGAUGAUGAAUACGUAUAAAUUUAAAUAUUCUCUUAAUAGCACUUAAAGUAAUUUAAAAUUAUUGGCAUAAUUCGGAACAAUUGAUUAAUUAGAAAUUGAGAUGAUUUAAAAAAAGUAAUUAGAAGAAGAACAAUUCUUAAAAAAAUUAUAAUAAUAGGUUUCUAUUCAUAUAGUAUCUACUUUUAAAUAGAAAGAUGGAAUUAAUACAUUUAUUGUUUAUAUAAUCUAAGUAAUUGUAUGAUAUAUAUUGAAAGAUUUAAAUAAAUAAUUAUCGGAUUAGAACAUAUCAAAGAUAUCGUGAUUUAAUAGAAUUAGAAACUACUUUAUUAAAUAGAAAUUUUGGAAUCGAUGAAUUAUAAAGUAACUGUGCAAAUUUAAUUACAGAAAAUAAAUUAAUCAAAUUACGCUAAGAAUCCAUAUUAUAUUUCUUAAAAUCCAUAUUCUUAAAUAAAUAAAUGAAAUAAUAUGAAGAUAUACUUAUAUAAUAUCUUGAUCUUCCUGAAAAUUUUUUUACUAUAGAUAAAGUUCAUCAUAAUGAUACUUUAGUUACAAUGAGAGGAAGUUAUACAACUUAAAUGAGAAAUACAUUAUUUUAAGAAGAUGAAUUUGAAAUCAUAGUAAUUUUACCAGAUGAUAAAAACAUUACUUUGAAAAUAACUUAACAUUGCAAAACUAUUGAUUUAAUAGAUACUGUUUGCAGAUCAAUAUUUUUAGAUAGAAACUUUGAUUUUAAAUUGAUGAUUCUUUAAAAUAAUACUUGUCGAUAUUUAGAUGAUAAUGAAGUUGUUUAUAAGGUUAUGAAAAAUUACAAUCAAAAAUAAAAAAGUAUUAUUAUUCAUUUAUUAUUAUAUAGAUUUUCUGUCUAAAUUUUUUAAUGGGAUCUAUUAUUAAGUAAGUUCAAAAUAAUAACCAAAAUUUUAUUUAAAAAAAUAUUUAUAUCUUUGUUAUGAAAUAGAGUUUCAAGAAUUUAGUAAAAAUAAGAGUAGAUCUCAAUUAUUAUUUUAUUAAGAAUUAUCAUAAUUGAAAUUUAAUCAUUCUCAUAUGAAUUAAUAAGAUUAUGUAAUGUAAUGUGCACUUGCAAUAUGCAUAUUAUAUAAUAAUGAAGUUCAUAAAAUUAAAUCAUUUGAAUAAGUUAGAAUGUAAUGGUUUUAAAACUUUAUACCUUUAUUAAUCUUCAAUAAUGUUAACAAAAUUGAUUGGAAAAAAUAAAUUUUUUAAUAAAUUUAAAAUAUUUUGAAUUAACUACAAAUUUAAAAAUGUUUAUUAGGCUUAAAUAAUGAAAUAAGAAUAUUGGAAAUUGAAUUUCUUAAUAAUCUCUAUAAAUAAAAAUUACAUGGAAUCAAGAUAUUUACAGUAAAGAUGUUAUAAAAUUAACUUUUAAAUACAUAAAAAAGAAUGCCUAUUAAAGUAUCUUUAGGUAUUCUACAUAAUGAAAUUUUAAUAUAUGAAUAAAAUUAAAGUAUACCAUUAAUGUAAUUACCAAUUUAAUAAUUACAACAAAUAUCAAUUCAGAAUUGUGUAAUGGUAACUACCUUUCUUGAAGGAGUUAUUACUUUUUAACAUUAGUCAAUAUUAGAAGUUUAUAGAUUAAUGGAAGAAUAUUAAUAAAUAAAUCUUCUAAAAUAGAAAUUAGGCCAUCCAGAUAUGAUAGAAACAAACGAUGUAAGUUAAAGUUAAAUUAUAUGA